CCCAUCAUCUCUUCUUUCUACUACUUUCCCUUCUCUUCUCCUCUCUAAUCUCUCUCCUAUUUUAAAAAAGUUCUCCAUGGCUUCCAAGCUCUCCAAUUCAAAGAGGCAUAUGCUCACUUCCAGAGCUGUUGCUGAUUCUGUUGCUUGGUACUGUGCCUUUGUACUUGUAGCUCUUUUUUUGCUCAGCAUUUUUAGAGAGUCAAGAAGUAGUACUAGUCGUCCUAGUAUCACUUACGAUGAUAUAAAAAUCAAAGGUAGCCAGUUUCUAGUGCGACCUUGUGAUGAAAUUUAUGUUGUUGGAGAAGGAGAAACCCUUCACACCAUCAGCGAUAAGUGCGGCGACCCUUUUAUAGUUGAGCGUAAUCCUCAUAUUCAUGAUCCUGACGAUGUGUUCCCGGGACUUGUGAUCAAGAUUACUCCUUCUCAACCUAGCAUGCUCACAAGGUAGCUUGCUUGUUGAGAUCAUAACAUUAAGAAGUUAGAUUAGUUUCUUUUUCUCUUUUGCUCUUCUGUUUUCUCCUCCGUGAAAAAAACACAAAGUACCUUGUAACAGGAUGCAAAAUAUCACACAAAAACUUUGUUAGUA